GGAGGCACCGACUGAAUGACUGGAGCUGGGCCGGAACCAGGGGACUGGCCGAGGCCAAUCUGAUGCCAUGACAAGCCGAAUCCGGAGGCUUAGAGCCGGCAUCACCAGAGGAGGCUUUCUCGUCGCCUGGCUGCAAGGCCUGGUGGCGGCCGUGUCGGCGGUCAAGCUGGUCAACGUGGACAUCCCGUCGCCAACCACGCUGGGCGAGACCGUGGGGCUCAGCUGCAUCUACGAGCUGAACGGCGACCGCCUCUACUCGGUCAAGUGGUACAAGAACGACAUCGAGUUCUACCGCUUCGUGCCCAACGACUGGCCUCCGGGGCAGUUCCUGCCGCUGCCCGGAGUCGACGUCGAUCUUGCACGGUCCGGCCGGACAUCGGUGUACCUGCGCAACGUGAACCUGCACAGCGCCGGCACGUACCGCUGCGAGGUGUCGGCGGAAGCUCCGUCCUUCGAUACAGUCGGCGGCCAGAAGGACAUGACAGUUCUAGUGCUUCCGACCGAGGGCCCCCGCAUCACGGGGGGCCGGGCGCAGUACCGCAUCGGCGACACCGUGAGCGUGAACUGCACCUCGGCCAAGUCCAAGCCCGCAGCGACGCUCCGCUGGUUCAUCAACGACGCCCUGGUUACGGAGCCGAGCCACGAGAGCGAGUUCUCGACCACGCUGCACGGGGACGGUCUGGAGACGGCCUCUUUGGGCCUCCGCUUCGUGGUCACUGAGGACCACUUCCGCGACGGGAACAUGAAGCUCAAGUGCACGGCCACCAUCUCCAGGGUGUACACCAUGAGCAACGAGGAACUCGUCUUCGGAGGCUCCGGGGGCCGCCACCAGAAGUCCGGACUCCACAUCAGCGAAAACACCAGCCGAGUUCGAGACACCUCGAGCACUCAGCUGUCGUCCUCCACCCUGAUGGUCCUGCUCGUCGUCUCGGCGCUCCUAUUUCCGGCGGUCACAGCACGGACACACUCGUGAUACGUCGUGUCGAACCCUGGUCUCCGUUGGUGCCACCCCCUCACCGCGCACAGAACAACUAGAGAACUUCUGUACCGUGGGCAGAGAUCCUGCCGAGCCGUGACCGACAGCGGCCGCUACCCGCCAGCUCCCCAGAGGAGGGCGGAAACGUCCGAUGUCGUCCUUCUUUUCUCGGGGCCCUUGGUUUCUGUCUCUGCCUGCCCAUAAAGCUGCAGCCGCACUCCUU